CGUGAAUCUCGAAGUACAAGGUUCUUCUCGGCUACCACAGAGCUUCCAAGCUCUCAACUUCCAGCCUUUCGCAGCCUCGAGCUCUCACCAAGAACAAUGAGGUAGCUCACCCACCCAACGGAUGGCUCUCGACCCCUCGAACGGCUACGUCGCCGCACGAAGCCUGCAAGACCUGACCGAAAAUGCCCUCCCAAUAUUCAACGUCGAGCGAGUGCAGCUCCAGUUCUCGAUAGCAUCCGACUUUGUGGCCGCGCAAGUCGCGAACAACGUCUUAGUGCUAGCCCUCUCAAAUGGCAGAAUCCUGAGGAUUGAUUUGGAUAACCCUGCUGAUAUUGACGACAUUGAUCUGCCGAAGAAGACGUCGGAAGUUGGGGUCAUACGGCGCAUGUUCCUUGACCCCACCGCCUCGCAUCUUAUUAUAUGUACAGCUCUGGGAGAAAAUUACUACCUGCAUACACAAUCGCGGCAGCCGAGACCUCUGUCCCGACUGCGUGGAGUCUCGAUAGAAUCGAUAGCGUGGAAUCCUGCUUUACCUACGACUUCUACUCGAGAGAUACUCAUAGGGGCAUCGGAUGGCAAUAUCUACGAAGCAUACAUCGAGCAAUCUACAGAAUUCUACAGAAAGGAAGAGAAGUACCUCAAGACUCUGCAGAAACUUCAAGAUGGUCCCGUUGCGGGAAUAUGGGUGGAUACAGUGGCAGACCCACGGAAGCAGGACGUUCGAAGAGUCUUAAUUGCUACACAAGGCAGACUGUUACACCUGGUGGGCAAGAUAGGGCGAGGAGGACAUGAUGGCGGUGGUUCAAUAUUCACACGACUUUUCGAGACGGAACAACCUACUGUACAUGAGAUCUCAAGAGUUUCGAGCACGGCGAACUCAUCAUUGGUCGUUUCUCCAGAUGCUCCAGAUUCGAACUCGCUCGAAAGCAUAGCUACGGACCGGAUAUUUGCAUGGCUAUCUUCUCAGGGAGUUUUCUAUGGCCGUUUACUUACUGCGCCGGCGUCUGAGGAGUUAGGCACGAAGGUAUUCUCUGAGGGAAAGUUGUUGCCUAGAUCUCAACUACCAGCUGCUGAAGCGCCAGGGAGUCGUAAGAAGACCGCAAUCGAUUCGAUCGAGUCGAUUGCCUUGACGCAAUGGCAUAUUGUGUGCUUAGUUGGCUCACGCGUCAUUGCUGUUAAUCGCUUGGACGACACGGUGGUAUUUGACCAAGUCGUCUUGGACCCUGGACAGCAAGCCUUAGGACUCUUUGCAGAUCAGCAGAAGAACACUUUCUGGCUAUUUACUGCCCAGGAGAUUUACGAAAUUGUGGCUACAGACGAGGACAGAGACGUCUGGAAAGUGAUGUUGAAGACAGAGCAUUUCGACGCAGCAUUGAAAUAUGCCAGGGGUCCAACCCAAAAAGAUGCCGUUGCAACAGCCUCUGGUGACUAUCUCAUCAGCAAGGGAUCAUACCUUGAAGCUGCAGGUGUAUAUGGCAAGAGCAGCAAGCCAUUCGAAACGGUGGCUCUGAUCUUCGUCGACAAUGACCAACAGGAUGCGCUUCGGAAAUACUUACUCACCAAGAUCACUAUGUACAAGAAAUCGUCUACCAUGCAACGUAUCAUGAUUGCCAGCUGGCUGGUGGAGAUAUUCAUGUCUAAAUUAAACUCCCUUGACGAUACCAUCAUCACAAACGCUGAGUUAUCUGAAACCCUCAAUCCUGCUCAAACGCAAGACCAGCUAGAAACCAUUCGAGCAGAGUUUCAAGAAUUUGUCAAGAAGUACAAAUCGGAUUUGGACAAGAAGACGACUUACGACAUCAUAAGUAGCCAUGGAAGGGAAGACGAACUGCUCUUCUACGCAAGUGCUAUCAACGACUAUAAUUAUGUCCUCGGAUAUUGGAUGCAAAGAGAACGGUGGAAGGAAGUGCUCGAUGUUCUCAAGAAGCAAACAGAGCCGGAGAUAUUCUACCGGUACAGCAGUGGGCUCAUCACCCAUGUUGCGACUGACCUUGUCGACAUCUUGAUGAGACAUCCUGAUCUCAAGCCACGAAACCUCAUUCCUGCCCUGCUCGCCUACGAUCGAAACUUCAAAGGACCUCUUUCACAAAACCAAGCUGUCCGCUACCUCCUUCAUGUCAUUAAUCAACUUCAUUCCACCGAUGCAGCUGUUCAUAAUACUCUAAUCUCUAUCUACGCCUCUCACCCAUCGAAAGACGAGAAAGCUCUACUCUCAUACCUCGAAACCCAAGGUGACGAACCAAGUUUUGACUCCGACUUCGCUCUUCGUCUCUGCAUCCAACACUCCCGGGUCCAAUCAUGCGUCCACAUCUACAGCACGAUGGGCCAAUACCUUCAAGCUGUCGAACUCGCCCUCGCACACUCUGAAAUCGACCUCGCGUCCCUUGUUGCCGAUCGCCCAGUUUCCAAUCCGGCUUUAAGGAAGAAACUCUGGCUAGCAGUAGCCAAGAAAGUGAUAUCCCAAUCAAACGGUAUCAAGACCGCCAUCGAGUUCUUAAAACGAUGUGAUCUUCUCAAGAUAGAAGAUCUAAUCCCGUUCUUCCCCGACUUCGUAGUCAUCGACGAUUUCAAAGAGGAAAUCUGCGCUGCUUUGGAAGACUACAGUCGCAACAUCGACGUCCUCAAGAAAGAAAUGGACGAAUCCUCUCAAACGGCAACUAAUAUCAAAAUCGACAUCACAGCUCUAGACCACCGCUACGCAAUCGUAGAACCGGGCGAAAAAUGCUAUAUCUGCGGCCUACCAUUACUAAGUAGACAAUUCUUCGUGUUUCCCUGCCAGCACGCCUUCCACAGCGACUGUCUAGGCAGAAAAGUCAUGGAGCAAGUAGGUAUUGGGAAGGGGAAACGGAUCCGCGAAUUGCAGGGAUUGAUCAGUAAGGGUAUGUUGGCUGGGGCGAAGAGGGAGAGGGCUAUUGCGGAGUUGGAUGGGUUGGUGGCUGGUGCUUGUAUUCUCUGCAGCGACUUUGCGAUUAAGCGCAUUGAUGAGCCGUUUGUGCUCCCGACGGAUGAUAGGAACGAGUGGGCUUUAUAAUAAGAAUGGAUGCUGUGUAAUAUGAC